CCAAUUUUAUUAGGACACCCGUUAUCACGCUGAGCGUAUGGGACUGCUCUUGGCAAUGAUAAACACUUUGUAGGUGUAAUAUAUAAGGUAGAAACAACUGCGUUCAAUUUAGUUAGUUAAGAACAAUGAAGCUGUUCGUUGCUACACUCGGCGCAGUGCUAUUGUGCGGCCAUGCAGCCGUCGUGAAGCAGUCGGGAAGGUCGUUCCCAAAGGAUUUCCUAUUCGGGACGGCGACCGCCUCUUACCAAAUUGAAGGGGCUUAUAAUGAAGAUGGAAAAGGCGAAAAUAUAUGGGACCGUUUAACCCAUCAAGAUCCGUCUCCCAUCAGAGAUCAUAGCAAUGGAGAUAUCGCCGCGGACUCCUAUCACAAGGUUGAAAGAGACGUGGAAAUGAUGAGGGAGCUAGGAUUGGACGCAUACAGGUUCUCCCUGUCUUGGUCUCGAAUCCUCCCAACCGGAUUUUCAGACCAGAUUAACCCAGCCGGUGUGGACUACUACAACAGGUUAAUUAAUGAGAUGCUCAAGUACAACAUCGAGCCAUUGGUGACUUUGUACCACUGGGACCUGCCACAGCCGCUGCAAGACUUGGGUGGAUUCGCAAACCCCCUCAUCGGCCAAUGGUUCGAGGAUUACGCUCGCGUGGUUUACCACCACUUCGGUGAUAGGGUCAAGCGCUUCAUCACUUUCAACGAACCAAGAGAGAUCUGCUUUGAAGGAUACGGCUCCACUACCAAGGCACCGGCAAUCAAUGCUACUGGUAUCGCAGAAUAUAUUUGCGCUAAGAAUCUGGUGACGGCUCACGCUAACGCUUACUACCUGUACAACAAUGAGUUCAAGGCGAGCCAGGGCGGGCAAGUCGGUAUCACAAUCAGUAUCAACUGGUUUGGUGCUAAAACUGAUUCGGCAGAAGAUGAAGCCGCGGCCGAGCUAAAACGUCAAGCUGAGUGGGGUCUGUAUGCUGAGCCUAUUUUCAGCUCAGAAGGAGGCUUCCCGAAAGAAUUGGUUCAAAGGGUUGGGGAGAAAAGUGCUCAGCAAGGGUUCCCACGGUCCCGCAUGCCUGAGUUCACAGACGAAGAGAGAGAGUAUGUUCGAGGAGCGUCAGACUUCUUUGGAGUAAACCACUACACUGGUUCAGACAUUUCUGCGACUGAGAAUCUUGGACAGCACCCCGUUCCGUCUAUGUUGGAUGAUAUAAAUGUCGGUUCCUCCACGCCGGCGGAGUGGGCACCGUCCGCAUCUGUGUGGCUCAAGCUAUCACCAGACAGCAUUUACAAGACUUUCACUUACUUGAAGAAUAGAUUUGGUGAUUGGGAAUUCUACAUCACUGAGAAUGGCUGGUCCACUGAAGGUGGCCUGGACGACGACGGACGCACUCUGUACUACAGAACAGCAUUGGAGAGCGUUCUCGACGCUAUGGACGCUGGAGUCAACAUCAAAGGAUACAUGGCCUGGAGUCUUAUGGACAACUUUGAGUGGAUGGAAGGAUACAUUGAGCGUUUCGGCCUAUACGAGGUGGACUUUGAAGACCCAGACCGGAAGAGGACCCCGAGGCAAUCAGCUUUUGUGUACAAGAAAAUUAUUAAGGACAGAACCAUCGACCACGACUACGUUCCAGCAGACAAUGUCAUGACUAUUGAUGAAGGUCACCCAAACAAGUGUUUCGCGUUUAGUUUGUUGGCAACAAUGAAAAGGUUCAUCGUAAUUCUGUGCGCUGUCCUAUUAUGCGGCCAUGCAGCCGUCGUGAAGCAGUCUGGGAGGUCGUUCCCGAAGGAUUUCCUAUUCGGAACUGCGACCGCCUCUUACCAAAUUGAAGGGGCUUAUAAUGAAGAUGGAAAGGGUGAAAACAUCUGGGACCGUUUAACCCAUCAAGUGCCGUCUCCCAUCAAGGACCAGAGCAGUGGAGACAUCGCCGCCGACUCCUACCACAAAGUUGAGAGAGAUGUAGAGAUGAUGAGAGAGCUAGGGUUGGACGCAUACAGAUUCUCGCUGUCUUGGUCUCGAAUCCUUCCCACCGGAUUUUCAAACCAGAUUAACCCAGCCGGUGUGGACUACUACAACAGAUUAAUUAACGAGAUGCUUAAGUACAACAUCCAACCAUUGGUGACUUUAUACCACUGGGACCUGCCGCAGCCGCUGCAAGACUUGGGAGGAUUCGCGAGCCCUCUCUUUGGACAAUGGUUUGAAGAUUACGCACGCGUAGUGUACACCAAUUUCGGUGACCGAGUGAAGUUUUUCAUCACAUUUAAUGAACCACGAGAGAUCUGUAAUGAAGGUUACGGUGGUACAGGUUUUGCGCCAGUAGUGAAUGCUACUGGUAUUGGUGAAUAUCUUUGUGCUAAACAUCUUGUUACUGCCCAUGCUAAGGCGUACCACCUUUACAACAAUGAGUUCAGAGCAAGCCAGGGCGGUAAAGUUGGUAUCACUAUCAGUGUCAACUGGUUUGAAGCUGAAACCGAUUCAGAGGAUGACAAAUUAGCGGCUAUCUGGUUCCGGCAAGGAUCGUGGGGCAUAUUUUCUGAGCCCAUAUUUGGCUUAGAAGGUGGCUUCCCAAAAGAGCUAGCUGAAAGAAUAGCGGAGAAAAGCGCUCAGCAAGGGUUCCCGCGAUCCCGCUUGCCCGAGUUCACGGACGAAGAACGGGAGUACAUUCGUGGAACGUCUGACUUCUUCGGAAUCAACCACUACUUCAAUGCACGGGUAUCUGCUACAACAUACCCUUUCAACCCAGCCGUCCCGUCUUUGAAUGAUGAUGUUGGAGUUGAUCUCAUUUUCGAAUCCAAAAGGGCUGAAUCCACUUCUGGACCAGUGGUUAAACUAAGCAACGUUAUGUUGCUACUGAAAGAAUUAUACGGAGACUGGGACUUCUACAUUACGGAAAAUGGUAUGUCCAGUGCUCCUGGAGUGGACGACACAGCCCGAGGCCUGUACUACAAGGCCGCUCUAGAGAACUGUCUCGAUGCUAUCGACGAUGGUAUUAAACUAAAAGGAUACAUGGCAUGGAGUCUCAUGGACAAUUUUGAGUGGAUGCAGGGUUACACUUCCCGGUUUGGUCUGUAUGCAGUAGACUUCGAAGAUCCCAACCGACCGAGGACCCCAAAACAUUCGGCUUUCGUCUACAAGAGAAUCAUUAAGGACAGAUUUAUCGACCAUGCCUACGUACCCGAUGCCUCUGUCAGUGUGAUGACCAUUGACGAAGGCCACUAGAAUGACAAACACCGACUACAGAUCAAAUUGAAUGGACACAGAAAUGGCAAUAAAAUAAACUUAAUAAAGAUUUUGUUAAGACUGA